AUGGACUUCGACACGAACCAGUGGUAUCAAAUAACAAGGAAUAAGAAGGAAGACCAAUCCUUCGUUGGCACCAUAUUAUACGCGGAAGACCAUACCGAAGGCUCAACAUUCUUCCAGAUCACAAACCUCACCAUUCCCGAACAAUUAUGGCAGAUCUACCCUUUCGACAGCACUCACUAUGUGCUUCGUUCCAAAGGCUCUGGUCCAAACAGUUUCCUUCACUCACGCUACGCAGGAGAUCUGAAAAGACUCCCCGGGAACACGUUUCCGGAUAUGAAAGACGCGUCGCUGCAGGAUGAUAGCAUGUUAUGGCAGAUCUCGCCGUGGAAUGAUGGCACGUUCUACAUGACUAAUAAGGAGAAUGGCACGGAUUGGCAUAUGCAGGUUAUGCCGGAUAGUCAGAUGGCGAUGUCGUCGAAUGUUACGGCGCCGCAGCCCGGUCAGAGGUUUAGUUUUAUGGAGGUGAAGGAGAUUGAUGAUGUUAAUUUUUCGGUUAUGAGGCUUACUGGUGCGAUGACGAGUUCAACUUCUUCGAGCUCAAUAUCGACAAUGACGGCUGUAUCUGCAUCUACGACAGGAAUUGCACGAGCUGACCCGACCACAACCCCCCAAAGUACAUCCUCUUCAGCUGCCUUACCGCCAUCCACCCCAUCAAGCACUCUCUCCACCGGCGCCAAAGCAGGAAUCGGAGUAGGUAUCGCUGGAGUAGCAGUAAUAGCACUCUUGGGCCUCAUGUUUUUCUUUCUUCGAAGACGGAAAGCGAGGGCCUCGGUAGACUUAGAUGCACCGCCCAUGUAUUCCAGUACGAACCCAGUAGAGAAGUCAGUGAGAAUUGGGAGUAAUGGUGUAAUUAUGGAGGGGUAUAAGGAAGAGCCGUCGAAGAGACCGGCGGAGUUGAGUGCUUUUGUCUUGCCUGCGGAGAUGUCGAAUGAGGGGAGACCGGUUGAGUUGCCUGCGAAUGUGAGUCGUGAGUCAUGA